AGGAGAUGCGGCUACAGUGCAGCAAGGGCCAGAGCCCACAGGUCUGGAGCCGCUCCAGGAAGGUGGUCCAGCAUCUCUCCAGUGAGCUUCAGGAGGUGGUGACGGAGAGGCAGAGUACCCUGGAUAGGGCCCUUGGUCAGCUGCAGUACCAGCGGGAGCUGAGCCGCCUCCAACUCUUGCACAUCCAGAUUGUUGCCUCGGGGACCCCUGUGUGUUUGGAGAAUUACCCUGCAGACAGGUUUUAUGGAACCAUCACCACUUCUCCCAGGGACCAUGCUGCUGCCUGCCCCCUGUUGAUUCCUUUCCUGAAGAGCCUCACUGGGGCACUAAUGGGAGAUCAAGGCCACGGCCUAGGACUGGAGGAUGGGGGACCAGGAACAGAUGCAGAUAAAGUUGACAUCCCGUGGACCUCACCACUCUUCUCAGCCCUGAGGAAAGUAGACAUCAGGUCCCAAGCUCUCAGGGAUGAAGCUGAACUGCAAGGACAGGCACAUCACAAACCAGCCCUCAAAAGCUCUUUGCAAGAUCUCCCCAAACCUCAGAUAAUGCAGAAGGAAGAGCUGAUAACUGUGCCUUCCACAGACCUCUCUGCCAGGGAGUUCGUGGUUUACCAGCAUGGCCUCUCCAUCCUACACCUCCUCACCCCCCAGCUUCAGGCUCCAGAAAUCACCCUGCAGAUUGCUUCUCAUCUUCCUGCCAUGGAAGCCUCAGACAAUGCCUUCCAAGAUUCCUUCUUCUAUCAGAGAGCUGAAAACACACUGUUUGUUAGGAGAGAGUGUUUGGCAUCAGUGGGAAGUUUUGUUCUGCUGUUGAUCCACUGCCUGGCCCACAUUGCUGCCGAUGACCUCCACCAGGACUCCAGCCCUGCCUUUCUGAGGUCAUUUUACAAGGGGCUGCAGGCCUAUUUCAGAGAAGCAUUCUCUAUCACUCUGCAAAUGUCGACAGUUUCCCAGGACAGUAAACUUGGCCAAAACAUAAGUGCUCUUCUGCUGGGAGAGCAGCCCGUCUCUGAAAGAGGAAGAGACCUUCUCUCUAAACUCAUCGUAAGAAAGCAUGAGUCCCGCUUGGAGCCAGAGUCGUCGGAGGAGUAUAUUAAGAAAAACAAAGAUCUUCUCCUUUUUACCAACAUGGAACACUUCCUAAAAAGCAUCCUUGCUUCAGAGCAAAAACUCCCAAAAGAAACAAGAGAUCAGCUUGGGGAUGAAGAUAAGGUGAGAUGUUCGGAUGAGCUACAGCAUUGAGACCAUACUUUUCUAUAUACUUUGCAACUUUUUGGUGUGUGUUUGGGACCAUGUUUAUCAUUGAACAUGUCAGCAGAACACAAGAUUGGAAAUCAAUGGUGAUAUAAGCAAGUAAUAUCAUCAGUCAUUUAUUUUAAAACUUUAUCAACAGAUGGUGGAUCUUAGAUUCCAGAGUUAAUCCCUCUGCUUUCAGGCAGGUCAGGUCUUAAAGAACUGGAACUGAGGCUUGUACUUGCCCUAGUUCACUCAGCUGGAAGAGAACAAAUAGUCACCAGAUCUAUUGCCUUCUCAUUCACAAUUUCUCCCACUAUUCCAUAAUGAUACCUACUACAGUUUUGUUUUUAAUUGGAAGCAUUUAAA